AUGUCAGAUUUCAGCGAUAACUUUUCCAGCGGCUCAAAACAUAAUCAGGAUGACUUUGUUCAUGUCACAGAAAAUGAGCAAGACUCUAACCACCUCCCGUCCUCUAAUAUUAACUCUCCUUCCGCCUCCAUAUCAUCCAUAAUAUCCAAACGUUCAAGGCAACAACUACAAAUAGACACAGAUUUCACUCUCCAUCAGUUUGACGAUACAUGGAUAAGACAAACCGAUACACCGUUUCCUUCACCACCUUUCAUAUGCAGUCAUUCUCUCCCGCUCACACCGGAAUUGUGCAUCUUUUCGCCGAUGGAGCUGAAUUAUUCACCGCCUUAUAUUCCAUCAUACCUUCGAUUAAGAGUGGACAAGAUGCAGCAAAAUGGAGAAUCGUCGGUGGAGUUACCAACAGGCUGGACUCAAGGUUCCGAACAUAUCAAAAUUUCAGAUAAUGGACUAAAGAUCACGUAUACCGGGCCGGGAGGCAGUAUUUGGACAGAUGCAGCGGCGGUUAUAACCAAUCAUCCUAUACUUCGCGAAGUUGGGAUGUAUUAUUAUGAAGUGACAAUCUUGGAUGAAGGAUUUAGAGGCAAUAUCGGACUUGGACUUGCAAACCAAUUUAAUCCACAGGAUCGGAUGCCAGGAUGGGAUUGUCACUCGAUCGGAUAUCACGGUGAUGAUGGGCUGCUUUUCACGAACAGCACGGAAGGAGCCAAAUAUGGACCUUUGUAUACCACGGGGGAUACGGUUGGAUGUGGUAUAAACUUUUUUGAAAAUAGCAUAUUCUUUACCAAGAAUGGAAUGAAUCUAGGUAAUGCCGUUGAAAAUUAUACUCUUUUCGGUCCUUUGUACCCGACCAUGGGUCUAAUAAGUAAGGAUGAAUGCGUUGAAGCGAAUUUUGGGGCAAGACCAUUUGAGUACGAUAUCGAGUUUCAUGCGGAGAUGGUAUUUCAAAAUGCCCUGAUGUUUGGUAAAAAGGUAAAACCCGAAUAUGAGUUUUGGUGA